CUCGAUCUAGCCGAACUUGGCUUGGAAGAUAGCAUGAUCCGACCCAAUCAGCUGCAGAAGCUGGACAAGAUUGGCUCUGGUGGAUUCAAAGAUGUCUAUGUGGGCAAGCUUCGUGGUCGCAAAGUGGCCAUCUCCGAGUUCCGGGAACAUUUGAGUGAAAUGGACAUUCGGGAGUUGAAAUUGCUUGCGGAAUUCUCACAUCCGAACAUCGUUCGCUUCCGUGGUGUCUGCAUCCCAGACGAAAGAGGCCAGCUACCUUGUCUAGUAAGUGAACUGUGCGAGAAUGGGGACCUCUUCGACUAUAUACGAAAUGUGCCUUGCCCAAGUCUCAAGCGUCUGCUAGGCUUGAUGUUGGAUAUCGCAAGAGGUCUCGAAUAUCUUCAUACGAGAUCGCCGGCCAUCAUCCACCGAGAUUGCAAGAGCAGUAACAUUUUGAUCAACAGACAGGGUCACGCCAAGGUUGGCGACUUUGGACUUGCUCGGGUGAAGAGGAGUACAAGAAGCAUGAUCAGGAGCUUAGUAGGGACUGUGAAUUGGCAAGCGCCCGAACUCUGGCAUCCUGCUCCGAGAUACGAUUAUAAGGUGGAUGUGUUUUCGGCGGCCAUGGUCUUCUGGGAGAUGAUGUCGGGUUGGAUCGGUGAGAAGAAAUACCCUUGGGAAGGUCACAACGAACACUAUAUCUACGACGCCGUCGGUGCCAAGCAUCGUCGUCCGUCCAUCGCAGGCCUCCGUAAACAUUGGGGUGCGGAGCCUGUCAACCUGAUGGAGAGGAUGUGGGAACAGGACCCUGCUGAAAGGCCGACGAUGACGGAUGUGGUAUCCGACCUCGAGUCUCUGAUCGCCGAAUGUUGA